UAACCUGACUUCUUUUUGUAACAAGAUUAACAUAAGAAAACGUUGGAAGUACGGAGGAUAUAGUGUAUUAGGAUUUCAGCAAAGCAUCUGUUGAAGAUAGUAUAGCAUUAGGGGCUAAAGAAGGCUCUUGAGACAACAAAUCUUUCUAAUGCUGCUUCUACCAUUUAACGCUUUAUGUGGCUCUGGUCAAGCUAUUUUAACUGUCUAAGCGAUAGUGCCCUCAUCUCUUAAAACAGGAACUAUAAAGGUACCUGUCUCAUGGGGUUUCGGUAAAGACUGAAUGGGAAAAAUACACAUAACGCACAGUACCUGCCACGUAGUAAACACCGAAUUAGUGUUAACUAUUAGGAUUAAGGCAUGACAUCUCUCUGGACAAAGGAUGAAAUAAUGUGAGAUAACUGUGUAAUAGUGAUUAAAAUAAUAUGAAAUAUUAUAAAUAAUGACAAAUAUUAUUAGCUUCAUCCUGUUCUAUCAAGGUCUGCUUGUUUUAUAAUUUUCCAAUUAUCUUCUAGAAAAAAUAUUGUAAUGGGGUCACUAAAGAAUUAUACAGAACUGCUAUCUCAAAAAAUAUAUAUACUUAGUAUUGAUAAUUGGUACUGGAUAUUGGAAAUUACAAGAUUGCAUUCACAGGAAAUUGCUUAAAUAAGUUAUGGUCAAACUACAUGCACCUAAUAAAAGAAGUGUUUUUAGCAAAUCAUUUGAAGUGCUUGUUUUGUUGCGGAAAAGAUCCAAAAUCAGACCAACGAGAAACCAAGCAGCAUUCGGAGAGUUGGAGAACUCAGGUUUAUUAUGCCCGCUGACCUAGAAGAGCUAGUGCUCUGGGCCCGGAGCUCAGUUGCAACAUUCCUUACAUAGACCAUUUCAGCAUGGCCUGAUUGGGUAAUUUGAACUCAGGCCGCUACAAAGCAGCGGGAGUUGCUAUGGGCUACCAGCAGUUACAAAGUGCUACAAAGCUCAGGGAUUGCUAGGGGGCACAAAGAGUUACAUUUGUUGCUUAGACAGAACAAGCAAAGGGAAGGUGAGUCUUUAGUCAAUUUCAAGUACAGCCCAUGCAGCAAGCAUAUUUACAGAAGCAGAACAGAGAGCUGAUUAGCCUUUUUUAAAUGAAAAUUCCUCUUCAGUUUCAUAUAUAAUACAAUCAGAAGUUUACAUAUGUUGUACAGGAGGAAAAAAGACUAGAAGGAAAUACACCAAAAGAUUAACAUGAUCUUUUAUAAGUGGUAGGGUUAUAGUUUUCAUUUCCUUUUUAUUCAUUGCUACAUUUCCAAGUUUCCUAUAACUGACAAGAAUCUUCCUAAAAUUGAAAACUAUUUUGAGAAAAAUAAAUUUGAGUAGUUUUAUAUGCCCCAACUGGCUUUACAUCAAUCCUUUUGGUCCUUCGGACCUAAAGUUCUGACCUCGAAUAUGGGGAUGUGAAAAAAUGUUUAUUACUGGAGAUGCUCAGAGAAGAGAUUAUGGAGGUAAAGGAGGCCAUAAAUAUCCAUCUUAACUAAUUAACUGAUCUUAACUAUCAUUUGGGAGUAAGUUAAAUUUCCUCUAUUGGGAUCCAUGCCCAGAUUUCUUUUUUGGAAUGGAACAGGUGACAAGGACCCAUCCAGGGGAGAGGGUGCUCUCCUAACAUAAUUGUAACGAGCUACCUCGAGUUACAAGAGCUCAAUAAAUAUUUGUCAGCUGAACGAAGUUGCUCACCACCUGGGUGCCCGGACACACCCACACAGUGCAGAGGACAUCUGGGCACUAGGGGGUGACUGGCCUUGUAGGCACCUCGCAUAUUUCAGAGGCUAUGAGACUUCUGGUACGUGCUGUUUAUCUGAUUUGGGGUUUAGCAGAUGUGAAAUCCUUCAUUCUAACCCAAUUAUGAAAACAUUGUGCUGGAAAUUUUGGGUCUGCUGCAUGACAAUUUUGCAGACACCACAUUAAAAAAAAAAAGUGAAAUCAUAAUGGUGCUCUAUCUCCACUGGUCUCGGGCGAAACCUCCAAGAAGGCCUCUGAUGACUGUGAACAGGUGGGAGGCCCUUAUACUUUACAUAAAAAGAACAGAAGUGGAGGCAAAAAUCAAAAACUACAAAAACAAAAACAGAUUCUUGUAAGACAAGCUCCACAUCGGAAUCCUGGUUGGCAAGCUUCUCCUACUGUGUUACCCCACAGAUACCACAGAAUGUAACAAAUCAAACUACAUUUCAUUUUGUUUAAGUUGAGAAAAAAGAAGGUGCCACAGGAUAUUUUCAGAAGUAGGAAGGAUACUGAAAGGUUACAAAUAAAAACUCCAGGAAAGCAGGGAGAAAGCUGUAACUUGCAUAAAUCCUCAACCUCAAACUCUCCACCAAUGACCAAGCCAACACAACCAGACUCGCAUUCACUCCACCGAGAAUUCUACGCUCCCUCGGUUAACGAGCCCAGCAAGCUUCACUGCAACCCCAAGAACUAAAAUGCUGGCCAAGACCUCAUGCAAGAUAUUACAUAUCGGCCCGAACUCCCAACCCCCGCCUCCUGCAACCCGCUGCCUCUCGACCCUCUUCACCCUCCCCCUCUUCGCCCUCCCAGGACACUCAGGGUUCUAGGAACGAGGGCGUUCCCCACGGCGGCUGAGUGUACUCCAAGGUAUCACCCUCUACUGGAUUCUGAGUAUUUGAGGUGGAAGCUCUUCCUGCAGAGAUUGUUCCUCUCACAUAUCAUUCAUCUCUCCUGGGAGAUAUCUGAAUAACCACCUGGAUCAUGACCCCUCCCUCAAGACAACAGCUGCUUAUUAGCGUAACAGAAGCAUGGGGCCCGCAUAGGUGUCCCUGGGUUCCAGAAGGAACCAGUUACUCGGCCCUCAUUACUGUUAGUCUGGAGAAGUCACAGAACUCUGAACAGUGCUGAGUUUUAUAAAUAAUGUGCGUACAGCUUUCAAAUGACACCUAACAACCAAGAAACAUGUCGUAUUCCAUUUUGAUUGCACAAGAGGUAGAAAGAACCUACACCGGAACAGAUAAGCUUAAAUCCCCAUUGCUUUAAAUCCUCUUGGAACGAGGGAAGGUAUAAAAAAGAAAUAGUCCAGGAAUGGAGCAGGGGGCUCGGUGCGGCUGAGGCGAGGCGAGACGGUGGCUGCUCCCUCAGGACCUGCUCGUUGUCGGCUAAGCAACAUGGGAGCUGGCCGGCGGCCACCUCCAGCUAGAGCGAGGGCGGCUGCGCGACCGAGGCCAUUUGUAGACGAAACAGCCGGAGCAAACGAGACCCUGUGUGUACGGGACCUGGACAGCUGUUCUCUAGAGAUCGCCAACUGCAGGAACCACCAGGAGACUCUCAAAUACCAGUGUGAUGCCUCCUAUGGGGAGAGGAGCUCUCGGCAGGACAUCUACGCAGGAUUAGUACGGCCUAUCUUAAGGUACUUGCUGGAAGGGCAGAAUGCCAGCCUGCUUGCCGCCCAUGGGCCCACAGGGGCAGGGAAGACGCACACAAUGCUGGGCAGCUCAGAGCAACAUGGAGUGAUUCCCCAGGCUCUCGUGGACCUCCAGCUCACAAGGGAGGAGGGCGCUGAGGGUCGGCCACGGAUCCUCUCCGUCACUACCUCUUACUUAGAGAUCGACCAGGAAGACCCUGCUCCAGGAGACCUGGUGAGCAGAGGAGACUGUCGAGGAAACAUCCCGAUUCCAGGCCUCACACAGAAGCCAAUCACUAGCUUUGCUGAUUUUGAGCGGCACGUCCUCCCAGCCAGUCGAAAGCGGACUGUAGGAGCGACCCGGCCCGACCAGCGUGCCUUUUGCAGUCAUGCGGCGCUUUUGGUUAAGGUGGAUCAGCGGGAACGUCUGGCCCCAUUUCGCCAGCGGGAAGGGAAACUCUACCUGACUGAUUUGGCUGCCUCGGGCGGGGGACAACAGACACGUGAGCGACAAGGGCCUGCGGCUGAAGGAGAGGAGAACAGAGCCUUCGACACCUCCCUCUUUGUGCUGGGCAAGGUGGUGGAUGCGCAGAACGAGGGCCUGCCUCACCUGUCGCAGGACUCUCCGCGUGGCUCAGUCCACAGCAUCCUCAGUGCCAACACUGCCCCCGAGAGAGGCUUCUACCUAGACACAGUCCCUGCACUCGACUUUGCUGCCAGGUGCAAGGAGGUGAUCAAUCGACCUUCUACCAGUGAGAGCCUGCAGCUUCAUGUCUUGGCACCUGUUAAACUGUCUCAGAAAGGACAGCUAGGUCCUUCAGAGGCAAAGAAAACUCGAGGCCCUGAGGAAGAGGAGAUUGGAAAUCCUGAGCCCCCCGCACUUCUAGCUUCUGCCUCCCAGAAAUUCAGCCCCCUACAGAAGCUAAGUAGCAUGGACCCGGCCAUGCUGGAGCGCCUCCUGAGCUUGGACCAUUUGCUGGGCUCCCGGGGAACCCAGGGGACCCCUCUGCUGAGCACCCCAAGACAAGAGUGGAUGGUGCUCAUGAAGACAGUGGAGGAAAAGGAUUGGAAGAGUGAAAGGCUUAAGAUAAAGCAAAAAGAACUGGAAGCCAAGGUGCUGGCCCAGGAAGCUGUGGACCCGAAAGAGAACUGCUCUCCCACGAUGCUCCGACCCUUGGCCCGCCGCAUAGUCAUGGUCACUAAGCCCCUCGAGAAGGCUGUGGAGAUGCCCCUACAACUAAGACAGGAGCAGGCAGCAUCCCCAAAUGCCGACAUCCGUACCCUGAAGAAAAGCUGCAAGAGAAAGCUGGAGUGCCCAGAUGGCUCGGAGCCGCUGGAGAAGGCUGAGGACUGUUGUGAGCUACGGAUCAGCCCAGAGCUACUGGUCUGUGGGUGUCAGACAACAUUCGAUCUGCUUCACGAAAGCUCAGCCUGGUAUCUGCGCAGCCUGCAGCGCAUUGGCCAAAACAAGGCCCAGCUCAUCGUGGGCUGGAGGAAGCUCCACGGCCCCUUCAGCCCGGUGGAAGACCUGGAACGUGUGAAAGUCACGUCAGGGAAACAGCUGGCCUGAUUCCCGAAGGCGAACAUCCCGGGUCUCGCCGCUGUGGGUCAGUGCUGUGGCCCUUCCCGACUACCGCUUCUCUAUUUUUUUUUUGUCCUACAUUUAGUAUAAAUACAGUUUCAACUUCAUUGAAAAAAAAAGAAAAGAAAAGAAAAAAAAAAAGAAAGAGUCCAGCCAAUCAGUCAGCCCUUAAGAUAUAACUGUCCCCAGUCAGCACAGCCAGAGGGUCUUAGUUGGAAGGACGUCGGUCACCCCUGGCCAGUGGUCUUGACGCCCACGCCCUGCGGAACCUGGGCUCUGAGAAGGCCUCCAGCCCCAUUUUUACAGCGGGUGCUUCAUUUGAAAAGGGGCUUUAUUGCUUUAAAUAAUUAAGCCACAGGUCUAGUUCAACCCUCUUGUUCUACAGAUGAGGACACAGGCCCAGCGAGGGUGGAUGAGUCGCCCAACAUCACACAGCUGGUAUGUCAGAAAGGCACAGAUCAAGUUAUAGCCUAAGCUUCCAGGGUCAUCAACACCGCCACUCCACUGUGCAGUGUCAUUUUUAGGUAAAUUCUAUUCCCACAGAUUAUCCAAUUUUAAACCGCAAAAACUGUAUGAGCACCCAGGUGACCUCCGAAAUCCAAGGGCAGGAAAAGACAU